AAGCGGAGAGGUUCCUAUAAGGUGUCAGGAUGUCGCUGUCUAUUUUGCCAUGGAGGAGUGGGAAUAUUUAGCAAAACACAAGGAUCUGUACAAGGAUGUCAUGAUGGAGAACCAUCAGUCUCUCACAUCACCGGGUGAAGACAGGAUAAGAUAUUCCAAUAAGCAUCUCCAUUUCUCUUCAUACCAUCAAGCAGAAGAUAACAAUACCACACAAGCUAAUUCAAUAACUCCUAAUGUACCCUCAGUUCUUCACAGAGGAGAUCUAUCCACCGAUACUGCUGGACACAAGAAACCUUCAACACUGAUUGGCAGAACAAGAACUAAACAGAAAUGUGGGAAACAUUUUAAAAGGAAAUCUAAUCUUUUCUUGCUUGAGAGAAAUCAUGGAGUGAAAAAGUCAUUUUCAUGCUCAGAAUGUGGAAAAUCUUUUAGCAAGAAAUUAUUUCUGGAUCAACAUCAGAGAACUCACACAGGAGAGAAGCCAUUUUUAUGUUCAAAAUGUGGGAAAUCUUUUAGUCGGAAAUCACUACUUGUGUACCAUCUAAGAAUCCACUUAGGGGAAAAGCCAUUUUCAUGUCCUGAAUGUGGGAGGUGUUUUAGUCAGAAAUCAAAUCUUCAUAGACAUCAGAAAGCUCACACAGGGGAGAAGCCAUUUUCAUGUUCAGAAUGUGGGAAAUGUUUUAGUCGGAAAUCACAACUUGAGAUCCAUCUAAAAAGCCACAUAGGGGAAAAGCCAUUUUCAUGUCCUGAAUGUGGGAAAUGUUUUAGUCAGAAUUCGUAUCUUCUUAGACAUCAGAGAACUCACACAGGGGAGAAGCCAUUUUUAUGUUCAGAAUGUGGGAAAUGUUUUAGUCGGAAAUCACAACUUGUAAUCCAUCUAAGAAUCCACUUAGGGGAAAAGCCAUUUUCAUGUUCUGAAUGUGGGAAGUGUUUUAGUCAGAAUACGCAUCUUCUUAUACAUCAGAAAGCUCACACAGGGGAGAAGCCAUUUUUAUGUUCAGAAUGUGGGAAAUGUUUUAGUCGGAAAUCACAACUUGUAAUCCAUCUAGGAAUCCACUUAGGGGAAAAGCCAUUUUCAUGUUCUGAAUGUGGGAAGUGUUUUAGUCAAAAUUCGUAUCUUCUUAGACAUCAGAAAGCUCACUCAGGGGAGAAGCCAUUUUCAUGUACUGAAUGUGGUAAAUGUUUUAGUCUGAAAUCAUCUUUUGUUAGACAUCAGAAAGCUCACUCCGGGGAGAAGCCAUUUUCAUGUCCUGAAUGUGGUAAGCGUUUUAUUCAGAAAUCAGAUCUUCAUAGACAUCAGAAAGAUCACACAGGGGAGAAGCCAUAUUCAUGUUCAGAAUGUGGGAAAUGUUUUAGUCUGAAAUCGUGUUUUGUUAGACAUCAGAGAACUCACACAGGGGAGUAGCCAUUUUCAUGUUUAAAAUGUGAAAAAUCUUUUAGUCAGAAAUCACGUCUUGUUAGACACCACAAAGUUCACACCGAGGAGAAGCAAUUUUCAUGUUCAGAAAGUGGAAAAUUUUUUAGUCAUAUAUCAAGUCUUGCUAAACCUCAGAAAACUCACACGGAAAAGAGAAGCCAAUAUAAGUCAGAAAUACAAGACAUAAUGUAACUCACACAUUCUUACUACAGAUGGCAGGAUCUCAGUCUGUGAAUCAGUUAUAGAUACAAGCCAGGUCUUGUUUUAAAGCUGACAAUCCGGUGAAGAGAAAUCCAGCACUGCAUGGGGAUCCAGGUAAAAUCUCUUUUAUUUCAUGUGCUAUAACAUCCAACAGACCAGUAUAGAAGUCGCAAAUAUGUUUCAGACCCAUCGGUCCUUACUCAUAGGAUAGUUUUCUACUUGCUUCAAGGAAAGCGGCAGUUGGGGAGUUUGACUGGGGCGGCACACCUGUCAAUCCAUUACACAGAUGUCCUCAGGUGAGCUGAGGGAGGAUGGAAACCUCCCAUUGAUAACUACAGUAUGCUAUAAGUAAAGACUGUUGGGUCUUAAACUUGUAAACAACUGCACCAGUAUGUUGGAAGUGCUACUUCAUAGAAUAGAGAGAUUUUAUCUGGAUCCCUGUGCAGUGCUGGAUUUCUCUUCACGUUUGAUAAUUUGCUCCAAAACCUUCCAUGCAUUUAGGGAGUAUCCAUGAGAAAAGAGGUGAGCUGAACUGUGUUAUGUAUUUGAAGCUGACAAUCUAGGCUUCAAAACAAGAUCAUGGUCCAAGGCCUUUAGAAACAGGUGCCAGUGAAAGCUGCAUAAACCUGCAGCUCUUACUCACAAGACAAUUUCUAAGGGCUAUAUCUCCUGAUGUGAAGCAGGUAAUGAUCCUGUAGUGGCACCAAAAUGCUUGAUGACCUCUCACCUUGAUAAGUGCACAGGACCUAAACUAAAGGGGAAACAGAAGUCAGACAGGACAGGUUGGAACCAGAGAAUAAAAGUCAGAACCAAAAUGAGAAACAAACUCUUGAGUAUAAUACGAAACAGGUCAAUACCAGGGAGUUACAUCAGGAGUCAAAUAGUCGAAUUCAGGAAUGGGUCAGCAAUCAGAAAGGCUGAGUUAUAAACAGUGGCACAAAACACGCUUGUGUGGCAAGAAAGACCAAUCACAGGCAACUGUGGUCAGUAGUUGCCUGUUUAAAUACUCUGCCAACACCAAGCCCAAUUGGUCCAGCUUCCCAUAGCCACCAUAGCAAUGCAGAGAUUGCCACGGUAGCGCGGGCAGAUAAGUACAUGGCAUACCUAUACUUAUUUGGGAAAAUCAUAAUCGUACUGACCUGCAGAAUGAAGGUACCAUAUUUUUAUUCUAUAUGGUAAGCAGUGCAAAUUUCCAAAUGCAAAUGGUGGAAUUGCUGUUGUUUUUUCACAUUCCCACACAGAAAAAGUUAAUGAAAUAAAUCCAUACGUUGUAUGUGCCCUAAGACUGCCCAAAAAGUUGGAAGGCAACCGUGGAAAAAAUCAUUCAUCCUAAAUGCCUAAAAUAUGGCAGUAAUGGGGUUUGGGGAUACAGAGGCUGAGAAUUGAAAGGAUAGGUGUAAGUAAGAAAAGAAAGAAAGAAAGUAGUAUUCAUAAUAUAUAAAGCACAAAUAAAGCAUGACAGCGAAGACAAAAGAGAACAUGUAUUAAAGCUUGUAGGGAAAUAAAAUUGAGUUGUUGCCCAAGACAAACAAUCAAAUCCCUUCUUUAAUUUUCCAAAAGCUGCCUGAAAAAGUAUAGUUGGAAUGGGAUUGGUUGCCAUUAGCACUGGUUUUGAUAAUUUCUCCUAUUUACUUCAUGCUUCCUAGCUUGAUAUUGUCUCAAUAAAGCUUGAUUAAUAUAAAUAAAAUUUGUUUUAGGAAAGUAGGAAAAUUUUGUUUUAAUUUUCUAUGUGAAGACAGGAUGAGAGACUCCCAUAAGCAUCUCCAUUUACCACCCUAUGAUGAAGUAGAAGAUAACAAUCCCACACAAGAUGAUUCAAUAAUUCCUAAUCCCUCAAUCCUUCACAGCGGAGAUCUAUCCACUGAUACUGCUGGUCACAAGAAACCUUCAUCAAAGCAAUCAUUAAUUGGCAAAACAAGAAAAAAACUGAAAUGUGGGAAAUAUUUUAAAGGAAAUCUGAUCUUUCCUUAUAUGAGAGAAAUCACAGAGAUAAAAGGUUAUUUUCGUCAGAAUGUGGAAAAUCUUUUACCAGGAAAUUUAUUCUGGAUUCACAUGAGAGAACUCAGACAGGGGAGAAGCCAUAUUCAUGCCCAGAAUGUGGGAAAUGCUUUUGUCGGGAAAAAAAAAGUCUUGCUACACAUGAGAGAACUCACACUGAAGAGAGGACACUACCGGUCAGAAGUACAGGACAUAAUGCAACUCAUACAUUCUUACUACAUAUGGCAGGAUCUCAGCUUGUGAAGAAACUAUCGAUGCAAGCCAGGUCUUAUUUUAAAGCUGACAAUCAUGUGAGGAGAAAUCCAACACUGCA